AUGAGAAACCCCAUAUGUUUGGGAAUUUUUCGCAUCACUACUCUCACAAAUAAAAUAUUGAAGUCUGAAGGAGCUUUCGAGACAACAGAUGGAAAAGUUUACUUCACUGACCAACAGUUCAUUAUAGAACAUCUCAUUGACUUAGAGUCGAAAUAUUCUAAACUUUACAACAAACACAAAAAGUUGAAAGGAAAACAAAAACAAAUGGCAUAUGAUAUUUAUGAAGAUGUUGACGACACAACUGUUCCUGCAAGUGAAGUAAAGUCAGAGAAACCGAAAAGUGACGAAAAACCGAUAGAAGAAGAAAAACCAAAAACUGAAGAUAAACCAAAACCAAAGUUUAGUUUGGAAACUAAACCAAGUCAACCUUCAUUAGCUGGUAUGGGUUGGCGUCAAAGACUUAUGGCAGCAGGCGGUUAUGUAAAGUAA